GCUUCAACGAGGACAGAGACUUUCAGGGUAAUCACUUUGAUCAGUAUGAAGAAGGACAUUUGGAGAUUGAGCAAGCAUCCCUUGACAAGCCUAUAGAAUCGGUAAGAUGACCCGUGCUCACUUUGGGUCUUAGUCAGUUAGUUAGGCAGAGCUCGUGUGGCAGUGACGUGAGUGAAGUUAAACUUAGGUAGAAGGAAUAGUACGGUUUGGAGCCAGUACCCUGCAUGCCCUGUGUAAUUAGGUGAGCUUUGGAUGUGGUUUUAUAGUGUUGGGAAGUCAGUGGAACACAGAAAAGUCAGGAUUUAAUGGGAAAAAUGUCAUUUUGGCCCAUAUUAAGCUUUGAUAAAGACAGAAAGUUGGGUGUAGUGUUUUUAUAAAUUGAAUAAAGGAGUAAAAUGUAUUUUGAUCCUUUAAUACCUUUUCUGGGCAGUAUAAUCAUGUGUGAAAUGUUCCAGUAGAAACAGUUAAGUAGCAAACUGUUAGACCCCUGGAAGGAGACAUGGUAAGCUUAGUCUCUGUAGCUUAAGGAAUGUUUGGUGGUUUUUUUGUUUGUUUGUUUUUGUUUUUUGUUUCCAGGUCAAAAGUUAUUUAUUUUUGUCUUUCGCAGUUCUUAACCUAUGACAUCAAUGAUACCAAGUCAUAGAACAAGGAAAUUUAUUUUCUCUGUCUCUUAAUUAAAAAAAAAAAAGUCUUAUGUUUUGAGCACUUAAAAAAGAAAACAUUAUUUUUGAAUAACUAUCCAUUGUUAAAGUGUCUAAACUUGUUACUGUCAGUAUUAAAACUUUAUGCUUAUAUAAAUACAUAUGCUUUAUGCUUAUAUAUAUACAUACUUCAAAGGAUUUCUUUGAAGCAUUGGUAAAGCUGGAAUGGAUAAAAGGUCAGAAAGGGAGUCCUAGUUUUAUAUCAGUCAAGAUAGGUCCCCCUCCAUGGAAGAAACACUGGUUGCCUUUUCUUCUGGGAGAUAACAAGGAGGCUUAGAAAGUAUAGAUAGAUAAUUUAGUUCUUAUUUUCAAAACUAACAUAGUAAAGGAUCAACAUAUAUUUAUGUUCCUAAUUAGGUUGGUGUUGUGUGUGUUUGUGUGUGUGUUUAGAUGUUUACAGAAAUUUACACAACUUGGGGUGUUCGACAUUUUUCUUCCACAGCAGUUGGCCCAUAUUAGCUAAGCAGCCAUGAUCUGCCCAGUUUUUAAAGCCAGGAUAAUAUUGGACACCGCUUACUCCAGAAACAUGGGUGGAAGCUGGGCCAGGGAUUGGGAAAAUCUCUUCAGGGAGUCCCAUCUUGGACCUGAAUACUGAUUUGCCAGAACGAAUAAGUUAGAUGAAAGACUGGAAGGAAGCUAGAGUAAGUUUUCUCCCUUUAAACAGCUGACAUCCCAGCCCAUCCCCCAUCCCUGCCUUGUUGAAGAGGAGAUUAGAUUGUUCAUGUUCUCAAGUAGCAUUACAAAAAUCUCACACCCCAUCCUGACCAGUACAGAAACAGCUGCUCUAGCACAAAAUGUCCUUCCUCUGUCCUCACUGAUAUUGGGGGAGGGACAAAGCCCAACGGUACUUCACCCUGGCCCUGUCUGCCUGCUAGAAGGCCUGUUUCCUCCCCUGAUGGUCUCUGCCUAACAAACGGUGUUUCUUUUUUACAGCGUUAUGACCCUGGACUUGUUGUGGUGAUGGUAAACUUAGCAGUGGGAGAACAGACCCUAUUCCAAUCGUUGUCAAGUAUGAUGUCAUGGGCAUGGGUCGUAUGGAAAUGGAGCUGGAUUAUGCCGAAGAUGCUACCGAACGGCGUCGUGUCCUAGAAGUAGAAAAAGAAGACACAGAGGAGCUGAGACAAAAGUACAAGGAUUAUGUUGACAAAGAAAAGGCGAUCGCAAAAGCCUUAGAAGAUCUUAGAGCCAACUUUUACUGUGAACUCUGUGAUAAACAGUAUCAGAAACAUCAGGAAUUUGACAACCACAUUAACUCUUACGAUCACGCACACAAGCAGAGAUUAAAAGAUCUCAAGCAGAGAGAGUUUGCUCGAAAUGUCUCUUCAAGAUCCCGCAAAGAUGAAAAGAAGCAAGAGAAAGCCCUUCGGAGGCUCCAUGAGUUGGCAGAGCAGAGAAAACAAGCUGAAUGUGCACCUGGAAGCGGCCCCAUGUUCAGACCAACCACAGUGGCCGUAGAUGAAGACGGUGGCGAUGAGGAUAAAGACGAGUCGUCCGCAAACAGUGGUGCAAGUGCUGUCUCUUCUUGUGGCCUUGGACCUGACUUCCCCACAGACAAAGGGGGCUCCUUCACUGCAGUACAGAUCACCAGUACCACUGGACUGGCACAGGCUCCUGGGUCGGCCUCCCAAGGUAUCAGCUUUGGCAUUAAGAAUAAUCUGGGGCCCCCACUGCAGAAAUUGGGAGUUUCGUUUUCCUUUGCCAAAAAGGCUCCCGUCAAACUUGAAUCGAUAGCAUCUGUUUUCAAGGACCAUGCAGAGGAAGGGACCUCUGAAGAUGGAACAAAAGCUGAUGAGAAGAGUUCUGACCAAGGGGUACAGAAGGUGGGAGAUACUGAUGGGAGUGGAAAUCUUGAUGGAAAGAAAGAAGAUGAAGAUCCUCCAGAUGGAGGGUCCCUUGCCUCAACACUGUCCAAGUUAAAAAGGAUGAAGCGGGAAGAAGGAACUGGAGCUACAGAGCCAGAAUAUUACCACUACAUCCCCCCAGCACACUGCAAAGUCAAACCUAAUUUUCCCUUCUUACUCUUUAUGAGAGCCAGUGAACAAAUGGAAGGCGAUCAUAGUACACACUCAAAGAAUGUUGCAGACAACAAAAAAAGCAAUUCUCCCAAGCCUAAAGGUUGCAGUAAGGCAGCAGCAAGCCACGGAGCAGAAAAGACAGUUAGGGAAGUCUCUGAGCCACAAAAGGAAACCACUGUGGCUGAGCCUUCAGAACCUGGAGACAAAACUGAGACGAAGAAGGGCUCAGGAGGGGUUAUAGGUGAGCAAAGUAUGGAGAGUCAGGAGACUUCAGAGAGCCAGAUGCAUGAAUCCAAUCCAAAAGAAGUUUCUCAGGCCACCUCUGCAGCAAUAGCAGGCCAAGGACCCAAACAUCCCACUGGUCCGUUCUUUCCUGUGUUGAGCAAGGAUGAGAGCACUGCCCUCCAGUGGCCAUCGGAACUAUUAAUUUUCACCAAAGCAGAACCCUCCGUUUCCUACAGUUGUAACCCCUUAUACUUUGACUUUAAACUUUCCAGAAACAGAGAUGCCAGAGCUAAGGGGACAGAAAAACCAAAAGAUGGUGCAGGCUCCUCAAAGGAUCACCUCCAGGGCCUUGAUCCUAGAGAGCUGAGUAAAAGCAAGGACGGGGACCAGGAUGUAGUGCACUCCUCAGAAGGCAGAGGGGAUGAACCUGCUUCAGGGGCUGCCUGUAGCAGCCUGAACAAGCAGGAACCUGGUGGUAGCCAUGGGUCAGAGACUGAAGACACAGGAAGAAGCCAUCCUAGCAAGAAAGAACCAUCAGGCAAGUCCCACAGACACAAAAAGAAAAAGAAACACAAAAAAUCCAGUAAACACAAACGGAAACACAAGGCAGACUUGGAAGAGAAAAGUUCUAAGGCAGAGUCUGGAGAGAAAUCUAAGAAGCGCAAAAAACGAAAACGAAAGAAGAACAAGUCAUCAGCCCCACCUGAUUCUGAACGAGGACCCAAACCGGAACCCCCUGGGAGUGGUAGCCCUGCACCACCAAGAAGACGCCGCCGUGCUCAAGAUGAUUCCCAGCGACGGUCCCUUCCUGCUGAAGAAGGAAACAGUGGCAGGAAGGAUGAUGGGGGAGGUGGGAGCAGUUCCCAAGAGCACAGUGGAAGGAAACACAAAGGGGAACCUCCAGCUCCAUCCUGCCGUCGGAGAGCUGGCGGCAAACGGAGCAGCCGCUCCAGCCAUCGGAGCCAGCCCAGCAGUGGGGAUGAGGAGAGUGAUGAGGCCUCUUCUCACAGGCUGCACCAGCAGUCUCCAUCCCAGUACAGUGAGGAGGAGGAAGAAGAAGAAGAGGAAGAGGAGGAGGAAGAUGAAGACUCGGGCAGUGAGCAUUCUCGUAGCCGCUCUCGAUCUGGCCGUCGCCAUUCCUCACACCGAUCCUCCCGGCGUUCUUACUCGAGCAGCUCGGAUGCUUCCUCAGACCAGAGCUGCUACAGUCGACAGCACAGCUACUCCGACGACAGCUACAGUGACUAUAGCGACCGGUCCCGAAGGCACUCCAAGCGCUCUCAUGAUUCAGAUGAUUCAGACUAUGCCAGCUCCAAACACAGGUCCAAACGACACAAAUACUCAUCCUCCGAUGAUGACUAUAGCCUCAGUUGCAGCCAGUCCCGGAGCCGAUCUCGGAGUCAUACUAGGGAGCGCUCAAGAUCCCGGGACCGGAGCCGCAGCAGCAGCUGUAGUCGCAGCCGAAGCAAGAGGAGAAGUCGCAGCACCACAGCCCACAGCUGGCAGCGGAGCCGGAGCUACAGCCGGGACCGCAGCCGCAGCACCAGGAGUCCUUCCCAGAGGUCAGGCUCCAGGAAGGGGUCGUGGGGUCAUGAGAGCCCGGAGGAGAGGCGCUCUGGCCGACGGGACUUCAUUCGCUCAAAGAUCUACCGCUCUCAGUCUCCCCACUAUUUCCGAUCAGGUCGGGGAGAAGGACCUGGGAAGAAAGACGAUGGCCGAGGAGAUGACAGUAAGGGAGCAGGCCUGCCCUCCCAGAACAGCAGUACCGGCACAGGAAGUGACUGCAGCCCUGAAGAUAAGAACUCUGUCACUGCCCGGCUGCUGCUAGAGAAGAUCCAGUCCAGGAAAGUGGAGAGGAAACCCAAUAUGUGUGAGGAGGUGCUGGCCACCCCUAAUAAGGCUGGGCUCAAAUACAAGAACCCCCCACAAGGUUACUUCGGGCCUAAGCUCCCCCCUUCUCUUGGUAAUAAGCCUGUCCUUCCACUGAUAGGGAAGCUUCCAGCUACCCGGAAGCCCAGUAAGAAAUGUGAAGAGUCUAGCUUGGAAAGGGGUGAAGAGCAGGAGCAGUCUGAGCCAGAAGAAGAGUCCCCAGGGAGUAGUGAUGCUCCAUUUGGGCAUCAGUUCUCAGAGGCAACAGGUGGUCCCUUAUCAGACCCUCCUCCGGAAGAGCCAAAGUCUGAAGAAGCUACUGCUGAUCACUCUGCGGCUCCGCUAGGCACCCCAGCACACACUGACUGCUACCCUGGGGAUCCAGCCAUCUCCCAUAACUACCUCCCUGACCCCAGUGAUGGAGAUACCCUGGAGUCUCUGGAUAGUGGCAGUCAACCAGGCCCUGUGGAAUCCAGCUUGCUACCUAUAGCCCCAGACCUUGAGCACUUCCCCAGUUACGCGCCUCCCAGUGGAGAACCUAGUGUUGAGUCGACAGAUGGGACUGAGGAUGCUUCCUUGGCUCCUCUAGAGAGCCAGCCCAUCACCUUCACCCCUGAGGAGAUGGAGAAGUACAGCAAGCUCCAGCAGGCUGCACAGCAGCACAUCCAGCAGCAGCUUCUGGCCAAACAAGUAAAGGCCUUCCCAACCUCAGCAGCCCUGGCCCCGGCCACACCAGCCCUGCAGCCGAUUCACAUUCAGCAGCCAGCCACAGCCUCUGCCACCUCCAUCACAACUGUUCAGCAUGCCAUCCUACAGCACCAUGCUGCGGCUGCUGCCGCUGCCAUUGGCAUUCACCCUCAUCCUCACCCCCAGCCACUUGCCCAAGUACAUCAUAUUCCCCAGCCCCAUCUGACCCCUAUUUCCUUGUCCCAUCUCACUCACUCGAUCAUCCCUGGCCACCCUGCCACCUUUCUUGCUAGCCACCCUAUCCAUAUAAUCCCUGCUUCAGCCAUCCAUCCCGGGCCCUUCACUUUCCACCCUGUCCCACACGCUGCCCUCUACCCUACCCUGCUUGCACCACGGCCUGCUGCAGCAGCUGCCACUGCCCUCCAUCUUCACCCUCUUCUUCACCCCAUCUUCUCAGGUCAGGACCUGCAGCACCCUCCCAGCCAUGGUACUUGAGUGGGAAUUUGUAAGCUUCAGUUGGGCUAGGGAAGGUGACCUAUUCUUCCCUGGGGGUGUUGAGCCAUUUAUUCCAGCAAGUCAAAGCUGGAAUGGGCAGUGUCUUGACAGCCAAAGAAAUGAGUUUUGGCUUGCAGGGAUGGAUUUAGAUUCGAGGUUUGCUUUGGGUUUACUAUCAGGGAUAUUUUCCCCUUUCUAUUAGUUCCUCCCUCCCUUGUUUCUACGCUAGGGAACACCAGUAAGUGCUACCCACACUCCUCUGCAGCAGACUGUCAAGUAUAGAUACUUCCUGCCUCCCUCUACUUUCUAGUCCUCUGCUCUUCCCUCUGUAAGUUUAAAACAUUUUCCUCCUCUGAUGGGUUGUCACCAAAGCACCUGCCUGCCCUGGGCCCAUCUGGCCUUGCCCUCCUCAGUGCCACGAGGAAGGCCAGGCUGUCUCUUCAGCGGUGGAAACUCCGCCACUUUGGGCAGUGUCUUUGAACAGCGUUUGGUGACGUCAUCCCAGGUGAGGUGGAAGAGGGAGUCUAACCUAGAACCAAAAGCAACUCAGGCUGCAAUUUAAUUACUUUCCUUACAAACGGAGCCGCGCAUUGGGCACUACUGUCCUCAUUGCCCCUCGUCUCAGAAGAGGCAUCUACAUAUCCCAGAAAAGAAGAUCCUAUCAUGAGUAGAAGCUAUGCGGAACAGAGAGUCACCAUGUGCUUCCCAGAAAGGAGCUCAUGUCCGGAGGGUAUAUUUUCUUCUGUUAUGUUGAUGUUUUUCUUCUUAAUUUAUAGGAUUUUUUAAUGUAAAAUUGCACUGAACUCUAUAAACGUAAAUGCUGCUUUUUGUAGCCCAUAUUAAAAAGGUUCCGUAUUUGUAGUAUACUGCAAUAAUAUUUUUUACAUCCAGCUCUUUAAGUGAUCCUUGUUCUGGUGGCUUUCUGUAAAUAUGUUUGCCCUAGUUGAAUUAAGAAACUUUAAAGGUUAUAAAGUUAAAAAAAAAAUAAAGUAUUUGUUUUCUGCUAGAUGCAAAAAUGACUAAGCAUGUAUAUUUUAUCAAGCUCCUGUAUUUUUUGAAGUUAUGAACUAUAAAAAUGUUAUGACUUUUUUUUUUUUUUUUUUUUUUUUUUUUGCUGGGACAAGUGUUAAGUAAUUUGCAGUAAUUGGUUCAUCCUGCACUGGGAUUUUUGAGAUAAUGGGCAGCAAGCAGCUGCAGGCAUCAGGAGGAUGCUCAGUUUCAGUGGUCUCCCUGAUAUGCUUUGUUAUACAGAGAAACAGUGGACUCCGUGAGAAGGGGAAGAUUGAUUCAACAGCUUUAUUCUCUGGCAGCAGUGACACUCGGUGAUUGUCUGAGAGAGGUCCCUUGGUUCCCCUUGGGACCUGGUUCUGGACAGUCUGUUUGCCUUCCUAGUAUUUAGCCCCCUCUGACAAUUUUUUUAAUGUGCCUUUUGGGUUGGCUAGAAACUAAAAUAGAAGUAGACCAGAGGAUAAUACAUAGAGUUGGGACAGUUUUCUCCUCCUUCUGUUGGGAGGUGAGCGCGUUUACAGGGACUUGGAGGUCUUUGGCUUUGCGGUUGUGUGCCGUCUGCCCAGCUCGGUUUCAGCAGUAGAGGCUCCUUUUUCUUUUCUCCCGUGACACUGACCGGGAGUGCAUCAGUCCCUCUUCCCUCUUGCCUUCCCUUCACCCAGGCUCUCAGCCCUAGGUACCACUCUGACCCAAAGGUGCUUGUCAUGCAGGUCUCAUCUCCUCUGUUGUUAGUGUUCUUCUUGGGACUAGAACUGGGUAAGCAGUCAGCUGACAAGGUGAACAACCCGACUUGCCUCGGCCAAGCUUCUCUAGUCAUGCUUUCUAGAGUCCCCAGUAGGGAGAGGUUUUGAGUUUGUGAGAAGCAAGUGCUGGGCGAACGAGGCGCUUGGCUGAGCCCCUCCGGCCUGCUCAGGCCUCGCCUGGUUCAGAAGUCUCACUUUUUGGAUAACCAGCCCUGGAAAAAUGAAAUCAUGGAUUUGAAGUGAAGGGACUCACUUUCCUUGCUUUCAGCCCAUGUAAAUAUUGAAACAAACAAUACAGUGUUAACAUUUUUGUGCUGCUUCCCAUUAGGUUGUAGAUGGCGCUGCACUCUGGCCGCCUCUGCCUUCCUGGAGGCAGUUCUCUUUAACUUCCAGAAUAGUAGUUUUAAAACUUCAGAAAAAAAAAAAGGAAAAACAAAAUAACCUAUCCUUACUUACAAGCAUAACAGAUUGUAUUUAACUUUAUCACAUAUGAUAGAGAUAUAUAUGCUGUAAAAUGAGGGAAGGAACUUUCUAAUAAACCAAUGCUUUGUGGAAAAUUA